AUGUCCUCCUCAACCCACUUUUCCGACUUUGGCAACUUCCAACGCCAGUCAGAUCAGUUUGCUGCAUGGCUAUCUUCUAGACCCGGUGUCUCAGUGAAUUCAAAAAUAAAUAUAGCUGAUCUGAGAGCAAAUGCUGCUGGAAGAGGUGUCGUGGCUCAAUCCGAUAUUUUCGAAGGCGAAGAGCUUUUCACUAUCCCCCGAGGUCUCGUCCUCUCCACCCACAAUUCAAAGCUGAAAGGUCUGCUCUCUCAAAACCUAGAAGAGCUCGGCCCAUGGCUGUCUAUGAUGCUGGUUAUGAUAUACGAGUGUCUCCAAGGUGAUAAUUCCACCUGGGCACCGUAUUUCCGGGUUUUGCCGCAGAAUUUUGACACCUUGAUGUUCUGGUCGCCGGCGGAGCUUGAAGAGCUGCAGGGGAGCGCUGUUGUUGAGAAAAUCGGGAAAUCAGGAGCUGAGGAAUCCAUUCUGGAGUCUAUUAUUCCUGUCGUUCGAGCCAACCCUUCUUUAUUUCCUCCUAUUGACGGCCUUGCUUCGUAUGACGGCGAUGCGGGUGCCCAGGCACUCCUGAGCCUUGCUCAUAUGAUGGGAUCCCUAAUAAUGGCCUACGCUUUUGAUGUUGAGAAGCCGGAGAAUGAGGAUGAGCGUGAUGGUGAAGAUGGGUAUCUCACCGACGAUGAAGAACAGUCCUCCAAGGGCAUGGUGCCUCUUGCUGAUAUGCUCAAUGCGGACGCGGACAAAAAUAACGCGCGCCUUUUCCAGGAAGAAGAAUCAGUAGUGAUGAAGGCAAUCAAGCCCAUCCGAGCUGGGGAGGAAAUUUUCAACGAUUACGGAGAAAUCCCCCGUGCUGAUCUUCUGAGGCGGUAUGGCUACGUUACUGAUAACUACACUCCGUACGACGUUAUUGAACUCUCACUCGACCUUUUGUGCGCCGCUGCGGGUCUCGGCGAUUCUGACAUCGAAAAUCAACCACGGCUUCAACUGCUCGAAAACUUGGAACUUCUUGAUGAUGGCUAUGCCAUACCUAGACCUUCAGAUGAUGAUACGGUCACCGAUAUUAUACCAGAAGAACUGGCCCUGCUCCUCAAAACCUUGACGUUAACACCCGAGCAAUUCGCACAUCAACAGGAGAAGCAGAAACCACCUAAGCCAGCCUGUGGCCAAGAAGAAGCAAGGCUCCUUCGCGCCGCAAUUGUGAUGAACCAGGGACGGUACAGCACAACGAUAGAGCAAGAUCGUGAACUCCUCGCCCAGCUUUACUACCUCGAAGCAUCUGGCCCUCUCGACGGGCCUUCACGCCGGCGAAAAAUGGCCAUUCAAGUUCGAAUAGGCGAAAAGGAGGUCUUCGAUCUUGUAAAGAUCAAGAUCGACACCUACCUGGGAAAUGCUGAGGGUGGUACUACGAAGCGGACCGCAAACGAUGACGGUGACGAUUCGAGGAGAACGAAAGCCCAAAGAACCUAA